AUGAUCGGGGGAUUAUUCGUGUAUAAUCACAAGGGGGAGGUGCUGAUAUCGAGAGUGUACAGGGAUGAUAUUGGGCGUAAUGCAGUCGAUGCAUUUAGGGUGAAUGUGAUUCACGCAAGACAGCAAGUGCGAUCUCCUGUUACGAACAUUGCACGUACUUCGUUUUUCCACAUAAAAAGAGCAAACAUCUGGUUAGCUGCAGUUACAAAGCAAAAUGUGAAUGCCGCGAUGGUAUUUGAGUUUCUGCUGAAGAUUAUUGAUGUUAUGCAGUCAUACUUUGGCAAGAUUUCUGAAGAGAACAUUAAAAACAACUUUGUCCUCAUCUAUGAAUUACUUGAUGAAAUCCUUGAUUUUGGAUAUCCUCAGAAUUCAGAUACAGGAGUGCUGAAGACAUUUAUAACUCAACAAGGGAUAAAAUCAGCUUCCAAAGAGGAACAGGCCCAAAUUACUUCCCAGGUCACUGGACAGAUAGGUUGGCGAAGAGAAGGCAUCAAGUACAGGAGAAAUGAACUCUUCCUUGAUGUACUGGAAUAUGUUAAUUUGCUAAUGUCCCCACAAGGUCAAGUGUUAUCUGCCCAUGUAGCGGGAAAGGUAGUAAUGAAAUCCUACCUAUCUGGUAUGCCUGAGUGCAAGUUUGGUAUUAACGACAAAAUUGUUAUGGAAGCCAAAGGAAAAGGGAAUGGAGGUAUAUCCGGUAACACGGACAGUGAGGGAGCCAGGUCUGGCAAGCCAGUGGUGGUAAUUGAUGACUGCCAAUUCCAUCAGUGUGUCAAACUAAGCAAGUUUGAAACAGAACAUUCAAUUUCUUUUAUACCACCUGAUGGAGAAUUUGAGCUUAUGAGAUACCGAACCACAAAAGACAUAUCACUGCCAUUCCGAGUGAUUCCUUUAGUCCGAGAGGUAGGACGUACUAAGAUGGAGGUGAAAGUUGUCCUCAAGUCUAAUUUCAAGCCAUCUCUCCUUGGACAGAAGAUUGAAGUGAAGAUCCCAACACCGCUUAAUACAAGUGGAGUGCAGUUGAUUUGUUUAAAAGGCAAAGCCAAAUAUAAAUCGUCAGAGAAUGCUAUUGUAUGGAAGAUCAAGCGCAUGGCUGGGAUGAAAGAGACUCAGCUCUCAGCUGAGAUAGAGUUACUAGAGACCGAUACUAAGAAGAAAUGGACCCGCCCGCCUAUUUCCAUGGGCUUUGAAGUGCCAUUCGCUCCUUCUGGAUUCAAGGUCCGUUACUUGAAAGUGUACGAAUCAAAGUUGAACUACUCCGACCACGACGUGAUUAAAUGGGUGCGGUACAUUGGACGAUCCGGGCUCUAUGAAACAAGAUGUUGA